AUGGCCAUCGACCCGGUCGUCAGUGGCGCCCAAGGUGAAGCCACCGAACACUGCGUGCUCGCCUUCGCGGACGACCUAUGCCUUAUCGAAAACAGCCCGGCCAAUUUUCAAUCCUCCAUAGACGCGGUUCGUGAUGACCUGUCCUCCUUGGGCCUCAUGCUAAACCCUUUGAAAUGUUCAACGCUCCAUAUUUCGGGUAACCGACCAGUGGGCGUGAGGGAUACCGAGUUCCGUGUAAACGGAUCCCGUUUACGCCCACUGGCCGAGGGCGAAGCCGCCUCAUUCUUGGGAGCACAAGUAGGCUUCAACAUUGUACCGCCUAUGGCUACCCUAGCCGAUAUAAUAACUACGGGCCUUAAAAUAGUUCGGAGCAAACUGGCCCCGUGGCAAAGGCUCGAUGCACUAAAAACUUUCUUCUUUCCAUCCACCGUCCACCUGAUGAGAGUCGGAACUUUUAAAAAAAUGGACUGGGCCAAGGUGGACCAGAUUUUACGGCCCGAACUUAAAGCCACAUUAUACUUACCCCAGGAGGCGUCCGGUGAAUACAUUUAUGGUUCCACACGGAGAGGAGGGUGCGGGAUCCGUAUACUCGCCGAAGACGCUGAUAUAGCCGCAAUUGACUCAGCGUUCAAACUAAUGACGUCGCCAGACAUACGAGUCUCCAUUGAAGCGCACGAACACGUUACCGAAACAACUAUAAAGAGAAUCGGCCGCCUACCAACCAUAACAGAGGUCGCUGAAUUCCUUUCUGGAAACCACGAGGGCGUGUUUAGGGAGACCCGUGGCUCUACCAUUUCCAAUGUUUGGACGAGAGCUCGUAACGCAUCGAAACGGCUGGAGGUCGGCUGGGGCUUGGACCCGUGCCCUUCCAUCCAACAUGGCGGCUCCACGCUUAGGGAAAAACAGAGGCGUGAAGUAAUGAAAACAUUACGGGACGACAACAGAAUUCAACGCAGUAACGUCCUGAUCGAAAAACCAGACCAAGGCCGAGCAAUGGAGUGCGUAGGAGCACAUCCCGCCUCUCACCACUUUUUAAGGAACGGAGACUUCAUGCGAUUUGCGGACUGGCGGUUUGUACACCGCGCCCGCCUAAACCUAGUACCGUUAAAUGGGGCCUCGUCGUGGAGGGUCGGUGACCGCAGGUGCAGACGAUGUGGAUACAUAACAGAAAGCCUAGCUCACGUCGUCAACCACUGCAUGCGGUACACCGCCCUCUACAUGGCGCGGCACAAUGCAGUAAUUGCAAGAAUCAAGAAGGCGGCAGUUCGCAAGUUCGAGGUCCUCUCCGAGAACCAGGUCAUAGGCAGCCGCGGGUUGCGCCUUGACUUGGUUCUUCGGAAAGGCCCGAAAAUAUAUAUCAUAGAUGCAACCAUAGUAUUCGAGAACAGAUUGCCCGCAUUCCAAGCAGCAGCUGAGGACAAAAAGACCAAAUAUGAAGAACUGCGUUCUGAGAUUGCAGCACAGCACUUAGCUGAAGUAACCGUAGUGCCCUUCAUUGUCGGGUCAUUAGGUGCUUGGGACCCCGACAACGACAGCUUCUUAAGACUAUUAUGCAGCCGUUCGUACGGGAAGCUACUCCAAAAAUUAUGUGUAAGUGAAACAAUUAAAUUCACAAGAAGCAUUUACAUAGAACACAUAACGGGAGUCCGACAAUCUGAUUAA